GAUUGCUUCGUAAAACAAUUCACCUAUAGCUUUAGUAAUCGGAAGAGCCAGUGUGGAGUUCCGACGAAAAAGCUGCGGGAGUUCCAAAAUAACUAUUUACAGGAACACUGUUGUGUUACACGACUGCGAAAUCCUGCGGAAAAUAUUACGCGUUAACAUAGAGAUUCAUUUUGAAAAGUGGAUUCGUACUAAUUGAAAGUAAACGAACAGCCACAUGUAGUGGAUUCUGUUUUCUUACGUUCUCUCGAUAUUCUCUAGGCGAAAUUCCAAGAGGUAGCAUGAAAAUACAUGAAAAAUUAAGGGAAGACGUGUACUGUUUUUUGACUUUCCCCCAUAUAAGCUCCCAUAUAAGCUGUAUAGGAGAGAUUUGUGUUGAAUAAGCAAUCGUUCAAAAAGUAAAGGUUACGUAGUCGACUGCUGUAGCUCUUCCGUUUUGUGGUGGCAUGAUAGAUCGACAACACUCGGCUGCUACAUGUCGAACGUGAGCUCAGGUGUGGAUCCUUCAGGGCUGCUGGAGGCAGCCAAAACACUCUCAAGACCCGCUGAGGAAUUUGUCAAUCAUCAGGAUGUCGAACUUCAAUGGGCAAUUAAGGCUUCUGAGCACAUGGAAAUUCAUUUCAGUUUGUUAAAAGCUGUCGAUCCAAAGUUUCUCAAACUGACUCCUGUUGAUCAGCAGCUGCUGGAAGAUUUCAACGUAACAUUUGGCAAGCAGGUUAAUCUCGCAAAAAUCGAUGAAAUAGCUCUAAAGAGCGAGGAAUCGAAGGCACUUUGGCGCGACUUUUGCAACCGGUACCAAGAACUUGUGGAGGACUUCAAUUUUGCCACGAUCCUUCGCCUUGAUUCAUCUGAAGAUUACAGUCAGGAAAACACAACGUUAGUGCCGCGUGUUCAGUUUUUGGCCAUCGAAAUAGCAAGAAAUCGUUUUGGUCUCAACGACGAUAUUCGCAGGAAAUUUGGAUCAAUUUCGGCAACGGAAACGCAGUCAUAGGAAGUUCUAAACUAGCAUUGGCCC